AAAUAAAAGAAUCUUCAAUUCCUAAUAAUACAGAAUUAUCAACCAUAGAUAUUAAUGAAUUAAAUGAAUUAGAUAAUUAUCUUAUAUUUGAUACUAUUGAUAAAAAUACAAACCCACUGGAUUGGUGGAAA